AAAAGAGUUCAGCAAAAAACAAAAUUUAGUCAAAACUCACAAACAUUUUUCUCUUUGCUUCAACAAUAGUAUUCGAUACAAUAUGCCUGGAAACAUAGCGGCUCCUGUUGUUAAAAACAAGAAAGUUUUGUUUAAAAGGUACAUUGAUGGGAAUCCCAAAGAGUCUGAUUUUGAAAUCAGUACUGAAAGCACCAUCAAAUUGCAAGUCCCAGAAGGCUCAAAUGGUGUUUUGCUCAAGAAUCUUUACUUGUCAUGUGAUGCUUAUUUGUGUUUUCUCAUGCAAGGCUCCAAAUCUUCCAUGGCCGAAACCUUUGAAGGCUUCAAGCUAGGCGAGCCAAUAGGAGGAAUGGGUGUAUCUGAAGUUUUGGAUUCCAAGCACCCUAAUUUCACCAAAGGUGAUUUGGUAUGGGGUGAAACUCUAUGGGAAGAGUACACUUAUUUACCAGAAGUUCGUGCUCUUUUCAAGAUUCAAGACCACAAGGACAUACCCCUCUCUUACUACACCGGGAUUCUUGGUAUGUCUGGUUUGAGUGCAUAUGGGGGAUUCUACGAAGUGUGCCAACCGAAGGAAGGCGAAAGAGUAUUUGUUUCCGCAGCAUCUGGGGCAGUCGGUCAACUUGUUGGUCAAUUUGCUAAAAUUUCAGGAUGUUAUGUUGUUGGCAGUGCCGGAAGUAAAGAAAAGGUUGAGCUAUUGAAAGAGCUUGGAUUUGAUGGUGCUUUCAAUUACAAAGAAGAAAAUGACUUAAAUGCCGCUUUGAAGAGGUACUUCCCUGAGGGAAUCGACAUUGACUUUGAGAACGUCGGGGGAAAGACAUUGGAUGCAAUUCUACCAAACAUGAGAAUGCACGGUCGGAUUUCAGUGUGCGGAAUGAUUUCGCAAUACAAUCUGGAAAAGCGCGAUCCGAUACAAAAUGCGUAUUGGGUUCUUUUCAAGCGUCUUAAAAUGGAAGGAUGGGCGGUUCUUGACUACGUUCAUCUCUACCAGAAGUUCAUCGACUUCAUAUUGCCUCAUGUGUUGGAAAAGAGGAUCAAAUAUGUUGAAGACAUUGUUGUUGGUCUGGAAAAGGGUCCGUAUGCCUUCUCUGCCCUUUACACAGGCAGCAAUUUUGGCAAACAAGUUGUUAAGGUUUUUCGUGACUAGUUGAAGCUGAAUACUCAUGCAUGUAAUUUGUUUUUUUUUUUUUCUUAGUACUGAUUCAGCUCAAUGUGUUGUAAUCAAAAUUGAUUUACCGAUUAUGUAAGUUAUAUCUACAAAUCGUAUUUGGAUGAUAUUAUGUACUUAAGUUUUGUUGGUAAUAAAAGAAAAGUUUCA